AUGAACUCGCGCGGCGCGGGGCAGAAUGAGCUCGCAGCAGCGUGGAGCGACUACGGGCUCGAGCGGAACCGGGCUGGCCGAGGCUGGCCGGGCGGGGCGAGGGAGGUCGGGUCGAGCUCGCCGGGAAGGGGCGAGGGCGGCGGGGACGGCAAAGGGCAGGCUGGGGUCGGGGCGGGGCGGCGCGAGGGAAGGCUGGGGUCGGGGCGGGGCCAAGCCGGGGCGGGGCGCUGGGCUGCGCGGAGCCGGGCCGCUGGGCAAGGCGGACGGCGCGCGCGGCAGUGGCAAGCAGUGGAGCGUGCGGCGGCGAGUGCACGGCCGAGCUCGGCGGGGGGGGCAGGGCAGCGCGCGGCGGGGAUCGGCCGGGCGGGGCAGGGAUACCUCGGGUGA